AUGUCGGUCAGCUCGGGUCAAUCACUCCAGCUGGCCGACUACCUGGAGAAGCUGCCAGGCACGACCUUCAGGAAGCUGUAUCUCCAGCCGUCGACCGCCUUCGCCAUCUUCAGGAGGAUGAUCCCCCCGCUGGGCAUCCAAAUCUCCCCAGCAAAAACCAUCGUCAUGGCCAUCCUGUACAUGCCCAAGCCAAUGCUUCUCGAGGACCUCGAUCUCUGGGUGAAGCCCGACUCGCGACGGCAAAAAGACCAAGCCAUCUCGACCCUGCGCUCCCUCCACAUCCUCCAAAUCACCGUUCCGUCGAAAGAACGCCCGCAGGAGAUGCAGCUCACCACAAACUUCAAAUCCUCCCUCCGCCUCGCCCUCGAGGGCGGCGGCCACCACAACUCCUUCGGCGUCCCCUCCACCCUCCCCGUCCCGCCCGAGAUCACCAUCCCCUUCCUCGACCGCUACGCCCGCCGCAAGUGGGACGACAUCCUCCACUACAUCGUCGCCACCGUCAACCCCGGCAGCGCCGACCUGAGCGGGCCUAAGUCGUCCGUUAAGAACCUGCUCGUCGCAGGCCAGCUCGUCCGCCGCCAGCAGGGCGCCGUCGGCAUCACCCAGGCCGGCUUCACCUUCCUCCUCCAGGAGGCAAACGCCCAGGUCUGGACCCUCCUCCUCCUCUGGCUCGACGCCACAGACCACGCCCAGGACUCCGCCGGCAUGGAGUCCACCGACAUGCUCUCCUUCCUCUUCCUCCUCGCCUCCCUCGAGCUCGGCCGCGCCUACGACACGAACGCCCUCACAGAGGAGCGCCGCAACAUGCUCCCCUCCCUCAUGGACUUCGGCCUCAUCUACAUCCCCUCCCACAAGCCGCAGCAGUACUUCCCCACCCGCCUCGCCACCACCCUCACAAGCAGCUCCAGCGCCCUCCGCAGCGCCGGCGCAGGCUUCUCCGCCGCCCUCGCAGCAGCAUCCGGCCCCGGUCCCGGCGGCAGCGGGCCCCGCAACGGCGCUACCCCAGGCAGCGGCGGCUCCGAAGAAACCCGCAGCGGCAGCAUCAUCGUCGAGACAAACUACCGCGUUUACGCCUACGGCCAGACCCCUCUCCAGAUCGCCGUGCUCUCCCUCUUCUGCAAGCUCAAGCUGCGCUUCGCGGACAUGGUCUCGGGUCGCCUGACGCGCAACUCGAUCCGCAACGCCGUCGAGCGCGGCAUCACCGCCGACCAGAUCAUCUCCUACCUCGCGUCCCACGCGCACGAGCAGAUGCACCGCUUCGCCGCCGUCCGGAACAAGCCCGUGUUGCCGCCGACGGUCAUCGACCAGAUCCGCCUGUGGCAGCUCGAGACGGAGCGCAUGACGACCACGAGCGGGUUCCUGUUCCGCGACUUUGACAGCCCCAGGGAGUACGAGGACAUUGCGGGCUACGCGGCGGAGAUUGGCGUGUUGACGUGGCGGAACGACAAGCUGGGCAUGUUCUUUGCGAGCAAGCAUGAGCAGAUCAGGGAUUACCUGAAGCUGCGGAAGAAGGCGGAGGAUUAA